GGCGUUCUAACCUUCACAAACUUACUCUUCAUUUUGCCCCACCCCUGACAGCACCCGCAGCUCUUUGGAAGAGGGAACACAAUGACGAAACGCAAGAAGAGAGGCCAGCACAAAGGCAGGAAUCCCCAGAAUAAUAACGAGGCCGGUACCAGCUACAGCAGCAAUCAUGAUAACGGAGCCAAUAAGCGUCCCCGGUACAAUUCUGGCGAUAAUAGUGGUUUCGACUUUGAUGCUAGCAAAGGUUAUAUCGAUCCUGCCACCGGCCAGCGCGGCGCGUUUCCUGGUCUUGAAGGUGGACCGGAUGAUUUUUAUGGCCCCGCGAACGAUGGAGUGGAUUACUUGCGCAUGGUCAGGUGAGUAGUGAAGCCUCACUUCGUUGGAAUCGUGUUAAUGUGAUGGAAGUAAUAGAUAGCUAACCAGUAGGUGUAGGUCUGAGGCAAAAGGAGUUCCGACACUGCUUGUUGCAGGUCAGAAGACCAGAAGACCGCCACCGCUUCCCAUUCUACAAUCCAGUACUCUCAACUACGACGAUGACGAGCCAGAGGCUAUUGAGCAGCCGGUUGACGAGCUUGAGGAAGGGGAGAUUUUUGACGAGCAAGAGGUUGAUGAUGAUGAGCAAGGUUGGUAUAAUGAUGGAGCCUAUACCGCUGCUGUAGAUCCAGCUGCUGCUAUCCCUGUAAUCGAAUUACCCACCGCCCUCUCACUCUGGCAUAAUACUCUCCUCACAUCCUUCCGCUCUGUUCGCCGGAAUCUACACGCGAAUCCGCCUACCCCGUUACUACCGCUAGCCGUAUCGCCAAGUCUUCCUGUCCGUAAACAGCGCUCUUUAUGGCAGCAACAUAUCUUCAACACUCACCCUACACCCAAGGAGCUCUGGGGAAUCGAUCAGCAGACGGUACUAAGACUCUUGAGGUGGUUGACCCAACGUAUGUCUGAGAUCGCAAAGCAUAAAAACGGUAGAUGUUGGUCGCAGUGGUUAUGGGGGUUGUUAAUGAGGCUCGACGAUUGCUUGACUGCGGACGAGACUAGCAUUGUGAGGGAGCUAGGGAAACGAUGUCUCAUCAUUAGGGAACGUAUGGCGACUUCCUUGCAAAGUGGAAGAAUUCCAGGUGACCAGGGAGAGGAGGAGACCGAAGAUGGUGAAGAUGAAGAUGAAGGGAAUGAGGAAGUUCAGGAGUUCAUUGUCGCGCAAGAUGAGGGCACCAUAGCCACAUCAGCUACAGAGCUACCCGAUCAGACCCCGGACUCUCUCACCGCCCCCGAGAUUGAAGCAGUUGUCGAGUCUGAGGAAACUCCUCAACAUGAAGUCACCCCAGAGCCCAUACCUUCCCUAAAGGCCGAAAACUUUGCAGAAACCAAAGAAACUAAAGGACUAGGACUUGCGUCUCGACUCAAGGCAACUUUGCAAUCUAUUCAAAACCGGAGGCUCCAGGAACUUCAACAGCCAGGACAAAAGCAUCAGCCAAAUCAUAACGCGCCAAUACUACGAACCGUAGAUAGCCUUUCGCAACCGGAUACCUUUGGCGUUCUCGAUAUGGUUAUCUCCAUAGUGGGUGACUUCUACGGACAAAAGGACCUUCUAGCGGACAGGAAAACACCCAUUCACUUAUCCGCCUCCUAAAAAAUUUGUUGUCCACAACCUACUCAGGGGUAAGCCCUAUUUCACUAGCUUGCUGGCUUGCAUCUGUCCUAUUGUGUAGAUCAUGUUUUAUUAGUUUGGAAUUUAUCUUCCCUGAGAAGCAGUCACCUGCUAUCUGUGCUGGGGGUACUCUAGGUGAGAUAUGAUAAUAUGGUUCUCCGGGGCUUCAUAGGUUUAAUUGAGUGUUCAUCAGACCAUGACAAAAUUUGAUGAUAAAGGAGUGGAGGCGACGGGGUUCG